CAGGUCUUUGGAUGCGCGUUAAGCUAACUGUGUUGUGUUGACAAGUCAUGGGUGGGAAUUCAGUGUUUUGUGAGGUCAUUGACUAAAAUGCGUUUUAUCUGAACGACAUUCGAUGACUAUUAAGAAAAGUUCAACAAGAUCUGCGUGGAAGAAGAAUUUGUAUGAAAACAAAGGCUAUCCAGACAAUUACACAGAUGCAUCUUUUCUGGAAGAAUUGAAGAAAAAUGUACAUUCUCGAGGUGUGUCGUAUGGAGAAGCGAUCCGAGGGGGUGGACUAGUUGCACGCCAGUUAUGCAUCGUUGUAUGGUUUGCUUUAAUAUUCGUGUACGUCAACAACGAAUGGAUUAGACCGGAGAAAGUAUUCGUGUGCAGCAGCAUACUGACAGGAAUAGGUUACCUGAUGUUCAGAGCAGUACAUACGAGUGUAAAUUAUAGCACAGUGUUUUGGGGAGAUUUGCACACAGUUCUAAUAUUUCUUUCCUUUGGCUAUGUGCUGUCCCCAAUUCUGAAAACACUUACCGAGACAAUUAGUACAGAUACGAUAUAUGCGAUGACCACGAUAAUGAGUUGUGUUCACUUGAUAUUUUUCGAUUAUGGUGUGCCUGCAGCAGUUGUAUCUAGCGCCUUGUCACUUAAUGCUGCCAUAUUUGGUUCAAUAUGCCUAGCGUCACGACUGCCUUCACCAUUCCAUGCCUUUGUGCUGUUAACAGUUGCAGUUGAAUUAUACGCACUCCUUCCAAUGUUAUUGUCAAAUGUGAGAGGAUCUCUGAUCACUGUAGGUAGCAUGGUCAUUGUAACUGUUUAUUUUUUAUUUACUGUGUCAUCAAUUUUGACUUUCCUGUUUAUCUGUUCUGUGAUAUUUAUCACAGCAGUGUGUCCAUUAUGUUUUGUGAAAUGGCAGUGCCACAAGGAUAACAUAUAUGGUCCUUGGGAUGAAGCUGUUGUAAGCGAGAUUGACAUGUGAGGACUAAAUGUUUAUUUUUAGAAACUGGGUGCAUCUAAAGCCACUCAGUUAGAUCCAAAUGAAUUGUGUAUUGAUUUGCUUUCCACUGUUUCAUUUGACUUUAAUAUUUUGAAUUUUUUUUAUAGUGAUAUGAGGUCUAGCAAAGUAAUAUUUUGAAUUUUUUUAUAGUGAUAUGAGGUCUAGCAAAGUGUUAGCUUGCAAGAGAGUGAUGUAUUAGAACCAGAUUGAAUCCACGUGCUGUAUUAACAAACAGGGGUGCAGUUCAAAAAUUGCUCUUAACAGUUGGUUAGCUUGAUGCUUGGCUGGUUCCUAAUCACUUUGUCAUAUACUAAACACAGGAUAUAAACAAUAAAAUUAUCACACAAUGGAGAACAUAAAGUUUUCAAACAAACAUGGAAUGUUCUAUAAAAUUAUUGAUUGGUUUUCUAUAAAUGAACAACUAUCUAACAGAGCUAUUACGUUUUGAAUCAUAAUGUUAUUUAUAACAGUAGUAGUAGAACUCAAAUGAACAGCAAUAAGUAAAAAUGGAGCAAUAAAA